GUUAAGUUCUCUUUCUCUUUAAAAAGCAAGUCGAUCUUAUUUAGGAGGUCGACAAACUUUGGUAGCGAGAGAGAAUUAACACAUUUCAAGUUAGUUGAUUAAGUGGGAUUAGAAAUGGCAAACCGUACCGGCAUUAUUUUCUCUACGAUCUUUUUUCUUGGUCUAAUCAGUAUAAUGUCUUCCUCGAUUGUCGACGCGAGGCGAUUGGGUGGUAUAGAUGUGCUCUCGAAAAACAACCAAAAUGGAAUAAAUGUGCUUUCCAACAAUAAUAAAGAUGGUGUAAAUAUACUCGCCAACGGAAACAAAGAUGGUAUAAAUAUACUCGCAGAUGAAAACCAACAUGGAGUAAAUGUGCUUUCAAAUAAGAACAAAGAUGGUGUGAAUGUACUCGCCAAUGGGAACGAUGGAGGUGUGAAUGUGCUUUCAAACAAGAACAAAGAUGGUGUGAAUGUACUCGCCAACGGGAACGACGGAGGUGUGAAUGUACUCGCCAACGGGAACGAUGGAGGUGUGAAUGUACUCACCAACGGGAACAACGGAGGUGUGAAUGUGCUUUCAAACAGGAACAAAGAUGGUGUGAAUGUACUCGCCAACGGGAACGACAGAGGUGUGAAUGUGCUUGCCGACAAGAACAAAGAUGGUGUGAAUGUACUCGCCAACGGGAAUGAUGGAGGUGUGAAUGUGCUCGCCGACAAGAACAAAGAUGGUGUGAAUGUGCUCUCCGACAAGAACAAAGAUGGUGUGAAUGUACUCGCCAACGGGAACGAUGGGGGUGUGAAUGUGCUCGCCGACAAAAACAAAGAUGGUGUGAAUGUACUCGACAAUGGGAACAAUGGUGGUGUGAAUGUAGCCACAAACAAAAACGGAAGUGGUUCAAAUGUCGUCACAGACAAAAACAAAAGCGAUACAGAUACGUAUGCGGAUAAUAACUACGAUGGUGGAAAUAAAUACGGAAAUCACUAUUAGUGCCCAAACUAGUACAUUUACCUCCCCAACUUUUAUUUUGGAGUAAAAGGAAGCUGGUAAGAGUACAGGGAAACAAAAUGACUAAAGGUUACAAGUUUUCUGGAAGACCACAAUUUUCAUUUUAUUUCUUUUAAGUGGUUGUGUUAGAUGUCAAUCAAGUUUGUGCCUUGAAGGGUCGUGCAAUUGUUUUUUUUAGGGUUCGAAUUUGGUUGUUUGUUUUUUUUCUCCUAAAAAUAGUUGUUAUUUGUUUCGCGACAUCUUGAUAUAUUUAUGUUAUAAAUUUUGUUUUUUUAU